AUGAUCUCUGAUCUUCCAAACGAUUUGGAAUCCGAAAUACUCUCUAGGGUUCCUACCAAGUCUCUAGCGAAAUUGCAAACUACUUGCAACACUAGACUUGUAGUUUGGAACCCCUGUACAGGUCAAACUCGACGGAUCAAACCAAGAACUCGUUACCGGUGUGAUGAUUAUUAUGCUCUAGGAUACGUAAACAGCAAGUCUUCUGGCCGUAGCUUCAAAAUCUUGAGGUCUUGCAGUUAUGAAAACGACAAGGAACAACGGGUUGAUGAGUUUGAGAUCUAUGAGUUUAGCUCUGAUUCUUGGAGGGUUCUUGAUUACUUCACCCGUGACUAUGACGUAUUUUGCGGCGGCAUGUCUUUAAAAGGAAAUACUUACUGGGUUGCUGGAGAUAAACAAACCGGCCUUUUCAUGUUGUAUUUUGAUUUCACAACCGAGAGCUUUGGGCGUUUUCCUCUUCCGUUUCAGAGUAAUAAUCUUGAAGAUACCGCGGCUCUAUCAGUUGUUAAGGAAGAAAAACUCUCGGUGUUACAUCAAAACAUUCUUGACUUUUCUAAUGUGAUGACGAUAUGUGUGACCAACAAGAUUGGUGAGGGCAUAGAGUUGUCGUGGAGCAACUUCGUCUUAACAGUGGAUUAUGAUAGAUUUAAUUUAGAAAGUGUGGUGAAUGUGACAAGCUUCUUGUUGGACGAGGAGAAUAAAGUAGCAGUGUGUUCUGAUGCUGACAUGGAUGAUGGAUAUAUGACCAGAAUCUACCCACUUUCACAUCUUGGAGAACCAUACCUUCAAAUGAUUGAUCUCCGAUUCUUAAGAUUUGAACUCAUUUAA